UAGGCUGAAACGAGUCGUCGUGGCUUUACGACAAAGCUAUCCUCGUUACAGAUGUGCAGAGCCACAUGGUCCAAUCUUCGUCUUCUUCUUCUUCUUCUUCUUUCCUUCUUCCUCUUUCAUUUUCUCUUUUUUUUUUUUUUUUUCUUUUCUUUUUUAACAUCGUCAUUCUUCUUCCUCCCCUCAUAUUUUUCCGCAAAAUUUUCAAAUCUCUUUCUCGAGAAAACCCGUUUAAUCUUCCCACACACAGCUCCAGGGGAAAUUGCCGUUUAGGGAUCUCGAUUCAUAAGAGGCAGGCACACGUUUCGUGUUCUAUCUAUCUUGUAAUCCCUUUAGGGCUUUUGUAAAUUAUAUGAUACUCUAAUAUCGUGUGCACUGUUUUAUUACCAGACCUUCUUGUGAUAUCUAUUAGCUGUUUGGUUAGUUUCUCUUAGAAUCCCCCGGCAUAGAAUCGUCUUCUCAUGUAGUAGCGAAUCCUUGGUAAAAAUUUUGGAAUCUUUCUCUCGUUGUUUUGCUUCUGGGGGAUUUGAAAUGGAGAAGCAGGAUGAGGAGAGAUCUAUAGAUGCUUCUGAAACUAGCCAAAGUCAAUUACUGGAUGAUGAUGAUUCAAAGGUUGAAGUUUUUGAUUCUGUUUUGAAAGCCAUGGAGAAACAGAAUGAGGAAAAAACUGCAGAUUCUGCUGAAACUAGCCAAAGUCAAUUAGUGGUUGAUGAUGAUUCGAAGGCUGAUACUUUUGAUUGUGUUUCGAAAGCCAUGGAGAAGCAGAAUGAGGAGAGAUCUACAGACGCUGCUGCAACUAGCCAAAGUCAAUCAGUAGAUGAUGAUUCAAAGGUUGAAACUAAUGAUUGUGUUUGGAAAGCCAUGGAAAAUCAGAAUGAGGAAGAAACUGCAGAUGCUGCUGAAACUAGCCAAAGUCAAUCAGUGGAUGAUGAUUUAAAGGUUGAAACUUUUGAUUGUCUUUCGAACGCCAUGGAGAAGCAGAGUGAGGAUAAAACUGCAGAUGCUGCUGAAACUAGCCAAAGUCAAUCAGUGGAUGAUGAUUUAAAGGUUGAAACUUUUGAUUGUCUUUCGAACGCCAUGGAGAAGCAGAGUGAGGAUAAAACUGCAGAUGCUGCUGAAACUAGCCAAAGUCAAUCAGUGGAUGAUGAUUUAAAGGUUGAAACUUUUGAUUGUCUUUCGAACGCCAUGGAGAAGCAGAGUGAGGAUAAAACUGCAGAUGCUGCUGAAACUAGCCAAAGUCAAUCAGUGGAUGAUGAUUUAAAGGUUGAAACUUUUGAUUGUCUUUCGAACGCCAUGGAGAAGCAGAGUGAGGAUAAAACUGCAGAUGCUGCUGAAACUAGCCAAAGUCAAUCAGUGGAUGAUGAUUUAAAGGUUGAAACUUUUGAUUGUCUUUCGAACGCCAUGGAGAAGCAGAGUGAGGAUAAAACUGCAGAUGCUGCUGAAACUAGCCAAAGUCAAUCAGUGGAUGAUGAUUUAAAGGUUGAAACUUUUGAUUGUCUUUCGAACGCCAUGGAGAAGCAGAGUGAGGAUAAAACUGCAGAUGCUGCUGAAACUAGCCAAAGUCAAUCAGUGGAUGAUGAUUUAAAGGUUGAAACUUUUGAUUGUCUUUCGAACGCCAUGGAGAAGCAGAGUGAGGAUAAAACUGCAGAUGCUGCUGAAACUAGCCAAAGUCAAUCAGUGGAUGAUGAUUUAAAGGUUGAAACUUUUGAUUGUCUUUCGAACGCCAUGGAGAAGCAGAGUGAGGAUAAAACUGCAGAUGCUGCUGAAACUAGCCAAAGUCAAUCAGUGGAUGAUGAUUUAAAGGUUGAAACUUUUGAUUGUCUUUCGAACGCCAUGGAGAAGCAGAGUGAGGAUAAAACUGCAGAUGCUGCUGAAACUAGCCAAAGUCAAUCAGUGGAUGAUGAUUUAAAGGUUGAAACUUUUGAUUGUCUUUCGAACGCCAUGGAGAAGCAGAGUGAGGAUAAAACUGCAGAUGCUGCUGAAACUAGCCAAAGUCAAUCAGUGGAUGAUGAUUUAAAGGUUGAAACUUUUGAUUGUCUUUCGAACGCCAUGGAGAAGCAGAGUGAGGAUAAAACUGCAGAUGCUGCUGAAACUAGCCAAAGUCAAUCAGUGGAUGAUGAUUUAAAGGUUGAAACUUUUGAUUGUCUUUCGAACGCCAUGGAGAAGCAGAGUGAGGAUAAAACUGCAGAUGCUGCUGAAACUAGCCAAAGUCAAUCAGUGGAUGAUGAUUUAAAGGUUGAAACUUUUGAUUGUCUUUCGAACGCCAUGGAGAAGCAGAGUGAGGAUAAAACUGCAGAUGCUGCUGAAACUAGCCAAAGUCAAUCAGUGGAUGAUGAUUUAAAGGUUGAAACUUUUGAUUGUCUUUCGAACGCCAUGGAGAAGCAGAGUGAGGAUAAAACUGCAGAUGCUGCUGAAACUAGCCAAAGUCAAUCAGUGGAUGACGAUCCAACGGUUGGAACUUUUGAUUGUGUUUUGAAACCCGUGGAGAAACAGAAUGAGGAGAAAUAUGCAGAUGCUGCUGAAACUAGCCAAAGUCAAUCAAUGGUAGAUGAUGAUUCAAAGGUUGAUACUUUUGAUUGUGUUUUGAAAUCCAUGGAGAAGCACAUUGAGGAGAAAUCUACAGAUGCUGCUGAGACUAGCCAUAGUCAGUCAGUGGAUGAUGGUUCAAAGGUUGAAACUUUUGAUUUUGUUUUGAAAGCACAAGGGUUGAAGGAAGCAGGGAACAAGCUGUUUCAGAAGAGAGAUUAUUAUGGUGCAAUGUUUAAAUAUGGUGAAGCAAUCAAGAUACUUCCUAAGGAUCAUGUAGAGGUUUCUCAUGUUCGGGCUAAUAUGGCUUCUUGUUAUAUGCAAUUGGAACCUGGCGAGUUUGCCAAAGCCAUUCAUGAAUGUGAUUUAGCACUUAGUGUUACUCCUGAUUAUAGCAAAGCACUGUUGAAGAGGGCUAGAUGUUAUGAGGCCUUGAAUAAGUUGGAUUUGGCGUUGAAAGAUGUUUGUAUGGUUUCGAAGCUGGAUCCGAAGAAUCCUAUGGCGUCUGAAAUUUCUGACAAGCUUAAGAGAACUUUAGAGAGCAAAGGGUUAACGGUCAAAGAUUCCGUGAUAGAGUUGCCUCCAGAUUAUGUUGAACCUGUUGAGGCUUCCCCUGCACUGUGGGCUAAACUUCGCAAGGCACGAGUGAAGAAAAUUAAAAAGAGCAAUCCAGUGCAAGAGAAGAGCGAGGGCGAUAACGUAGAGACAAAGCAGAAGAAUAACAACAAUCUUGCAGCUGAUAAGGGCAAGGAAAAGAUUAUCGAUAAGCAGAAUCAAAAGAAAGUAAAAGGGAAACAGCAGUCGGAGAAGAGAAGUGAUACGAGCAAGGAACAGGAAAAAGUAAUAAUUGAGGAGAAACUUUUGGAGAUAAGUGGUGAAAAUGUAAACAUGGCUGUGAAAUUCGUAUACUCUGAUGACAUAAGAUUGGCUAAAGUGCCUCUAAACUGCACUCUUCUUCAACUUAGGGAAGUUGUUCAUGAGCGUUUCCCUGGCUUAAGGGCAGUUCAUAUUAAGUACAAGGACCAAGAAGGAGAUUUAGUGACAAUCACAACAGAUGAAGAGCUAAGAAUGAGUGAGGUGUCAGCAAGGUCACUGAACACUAUGAGAUUUUAUGUAGUGGAAGUUAGUCCUGAGCAGGAUCCCUUUUUUGGAAGAUUAGUUGAGAUGAAGAAGCUCAAAAUAUCCGCUGAUUCUUUUAAGACCAAGGUAAAUGGAAAAGGUGCGUGUAAAGUUGAGGAUUGGAUGAUCGAAUUUGCUCGGCUCUUUAAGAUCCAGGCCGGCGUUGAUUCUGAUAAAUGCUUGAAUCUUCAAGAACUAGGGAUGAAACUCAAUUCAGAAGCUAUGGAGGAGGUGGUAACGUCUGAUGCAGCUCAAGGGCCUUUUGACAAAGCAGCUCAGCAAUUCCAAGAAGUGGCAGCACGAUCAUUGUUAAAGUUGGGAAAUGUGCACUUGUCAGGGGCACGGAAAAGGUUGAGCCUCCUACGAGGUGUGUCUGGAGAAUCUGGCUCUGAACAACUCAAAACUGCUUAUGAAUGCGUUCAAAGGGAGCACAUAAAAGCAAAAGAAAAGUACAAAGAGGCCAUGAAAAUAAAGUCGGAUUUGUUUGAAGUCUUCCUGGCAGUAGGUCUGCAGCAGUUUGAGGAAGCAAGACUUUCAUGGUACUAUGUGCUUGUCAGUCAACUUGAUUUGAAAACAUGGCCAUAUUCAGAUGUAGUACAGUUUUAUCAAUGCGCCGAAAGCAAUAUCAAAAUCUCUAUGGAAGUGUUAAAAAAUCUGGAAACCAAGCCGGGUAGCUCAACUCAAGAUAACUCAGAAAACGUAGCAGGAAGGCUAAAGUUAAAGUCAAUGGUAGAUGUUUUAUUGUGUGCUGUACUUUACGAGAGAUCUAUCAUGGAGUACAAACUUGACCAACCAUUCUGGCGAGAGAGUUUAGAAGCUGCAAUGGAGAAGUUUGAGUUAGCUGGAACUUGUAGGGACGAUGUUGUUGCGAUAAUAAGUGAAGACUAUGUGGCAGGCAAUACAUUACGAGAUCUAAGGUUUCACAUGGAAGAGAUAUUACAUAUAUAUAAUGAGAUAGAUGAAGCAAAACAAUGGAGAAAUGGGAUCUCUUCAGACCAGUUGGAAGAUAUAUUAAACAGGAGGACUGCAAAUAUUUUUCAUAUGUCAAAUACAGGAAUCCAACGUGGUUAACGUGGCUCACAAUGACUUUGGUCAUUAUCUUGAACAAGCUUCAUUUUAAAGGUUUUGUCUUGUGGUAUAGGAUUUCAAACUCAGAUUUUUGUAGAGAGAAAGAAACAUAUAUAAACGACAGAUAUGUUCUAUUUUGUUUGUGUAACAUUCAUACGGUUGAUUUGGCGAGGAGUGAAGCAAAGAUAUCAUGCAGAUUCUUCUUCUUCUGUCUUAGGGUGAGUUGUGAGUCUUGUGACUAUAUUCAUUUGUUUUGAGUCUUUUGACUCGUAUUUCCUUUGGCGUGAGACAUUCAUACACAACACAGCUACUUGAGUUUUACCUUCUUUUUCCUUUUCUUAUGACCUCCACAAGAUUUUGGUGUGGAGUCAGUCAUUCUCUUGUAAUUCGUUGUUACAUAUAAAAUGUAAUGAUGUGUUUGUUGCGAUCAA